GAAGCGGACAGUCCUUUAACCUCUCUUCCCCACCCCCCCACCCCCCUUCCCUAUCACUACCGGCAGGAGCUCCUUCUGAGAGCCGAGCCGGCUGGCCGGCUGGACCAUGGCGCCGCUGCUGGGCAGGAAGCCAUUCCCGCUGGUGAAGCCGCUUACAGAUCUGUCGGCAGAGGAGACCAUCUAUGUGAUCGAGCACAGCGGAGAGGGGUUUCGGAGCAACGAAGAAUAUGAAUCUCGAUUGUCUAGAUAUGCAGAGCGAAUCUGGACAUGUAAAAGCACAGGCAGCAACCAACUCACACACAAAGAGGCCUGGGAAGAGGAGCAAGAAGUAACUGAGCUGCUAAAGGAAGAGUAUCCAGUGUGGUUUGAAAAACCUGUAUUAGAACUAGUCCAUCACAAUACAUUGUCCCUAGACAAAUUAGUUGACAAAACAUGGAUGGAGAUCAUGACGAAGUUUGCUAUUGGAGAACACUGCGAACUCCAGGUUGGGGAAAAUAAAAUCCUUCCUGUAGUAGUGUUAAAAGUCCAUCCUCUAGAGCCAAAGGAAGAAUCAUCUUCUCAGAAGAAAACUGAUGGAUCCUGUGACUCACCUUCCAGUGACAAGGAGAAUUCCAGCCAGGUGGCACAAGAGAACCUUGGUAUGGAAAUCUGCAACAAAGUUGAGGACAGCAAGAGGGAAAACAAUACAAGUGACAGAGCUCGUCGAUCACCACGAAAGCUGCCUACAAGCCUCAAGAAAGAAGAAAAGAAAUGGGUCCAUCCAAAAUUUCUGCCCUACAAGUAUGAUGUGAAGCUGCAGGAAGAGGACAAAAUAAUUGCUAACGUACCAGUUGAAAGUCUCAUCCGAUCGGAGCGGCCGCCAAACAAGGAAAUCUUGCGAUAUUUCAUCAGGCACAACUCCAUGCGAAUGGGGAUGGGAGAAAAUGCACCCUGGGUGGUGGAAGAUGCGCUCGUGCAGAAAUAUGCACUACCCAGUAAAUUCAGUGACUUCCUGCUGUCUCCAUAUAAGGAGAAGAUGGCACCGAAUAGGGCAAAAAAGGAGACCAAAACUGAAUGCAGUAUUUUGGGUGUAGACUCACCAAGGCCCUGUAUAAUUGCAGCCAGACAUCCCUACUCCAGUUUUCUAAUCCUGUCACUCUGA